AUGGCGGUACAAAAUUUGUGGCCUAUCUUUCAGUUGGAUGUCAAAUCAGUUUUCCUAAAUGGAUACUUGGAGGAAGAGGUAUUUAUCGAGCAACCUUCUGGUUACAUAAAAAUUGAAGAUGAGCAUAAGGUAUACAAGUUGAAAAAGGCUCUUUACGGACUAAAACAAGCUCCACAAGCUUGGUAUAGUCGCAUUGAGGCUUACUUUCUAAAAUUUGGUUUCCAGAAAUGUCCAUAUGAACACUCUCUCUUUGUUAAAAUUGGAGAAUCUGGAAAAAUGCUCAUAGUGUGUUUAUAUGUUGAUGAUCUUAUAUUUACUAGGAAUGAUAAUGUCAUGUUUUCUGAUUUUAAUAGAUCUAUGAUGGAUGAAUUCGAGAUGUCUGAUCUUGGUAAGAUGCAUUAUUUUCUUGGUUUAGAAGUAGUGCAAUCUGUUGAUGGGAUAUUUGUUUCCCAAAAGAAAUAUGUGCGGAAAAUUUUAGAUCGAUUCAAGAUGAAGAAUUGCAUUCCCGUCUAUACUCCAGUUGAGUUUGGUUUGAAGCUAAACAAAGUUGGAAGAAGAGAUAUGGUAGACAACACGCUCUACAGGCAAAUUGUAGGUAGUUUGAUGUAUCUUACCGCUACAAGGCCUGACAUCAUGUAUGUUGUAAGUUUUAUAAGCAGGUAUAUGGAGAGUCCGGCAGAAAUUCACUUGCUAGCUGCCAAGAGGAUCCUUCGCUACUUACAAGGAACUAAGGAUUUUGGUUUGUUCUACAAGAAGGGUGAAAAGUCUUAUCUGAUUGGUUUUGCUGACAGCAACUACGCAGGAGAUCAAGACGACAGAAAGAGUACUUCAGGCUAUGUUUAUUUACUAGGCACAACGGCUGUUUCAUGGUCUUCCAGGAAGCAAAAAAUUGUCACUUUAUCUAGUACUGAAGCGAAAUUUGUUGCUGCUACAACUUGUGCUUGUCAAGCUGUUUGGUUGAGGUAG